AUGAAACGCACCGCACCUUCUCCAAAACGUCGGGGACUCAUUAAACAUGACCCUUGCCAACUUGAUCCCCAGCUAUCAAAGCUUUGUCCAGAGGUUAUUAACGUCAGCCCAGCCAGUGCUAGGUCGAUGAUCGAAAAGAUCAACUCCGAGCACGCUGAUAGACACUUGGCUUUCCGAAGCACGGGUGACCAACUCGAGCUUCUGAGGCUCGAGGCCUUGCGUCUCAAGAUAUUGGAGUCCACGAAACCCAAAUUGACUCCAGAAAAUGAGAUGUCUUCUCAAAACGCAGCCCGCGUUUCAACUGAGAGCUUGAGUUCCAAUGGAGAACCCGGUCCCACGGUCCCAAACUCGAUGCGAACCUCGAUGCGAACCCGUGCUUCGGUCCUGAGCGAAAGUGAGAUCAGUGUUCUUGAUCUCGGACCCAGUCUUCACUCUACCCAUCUCUCAGCUCGAAACUCUCGCCGCAACUCAUCCUCUGCAAGCCCUCAUACCGGCAUUGGUCUCGCCCGUACCACUGCUCCCAGCUUUAUGCCAGGACCUGGCAGCGACACUUCAGAACAACAAGUUGAACUCCACCUCAGGACAGAUGAGCUUGAGUCUGUCGCUCUCACUUCUGCCAGUGGUUCUGUUAACAACGAUUUCCCUCUGAAUCUACGUCAACGCCGCCAGAAUCGACCCCACAUCACUCUGCCCAGCCCCCAGGAGCUGCGCACUCAUCGAGUAAACCGUUCAUUUACCAUCAGUGGUGCUCAUAGUUCGAGAGAUGAAUCUGCCUUUGACCACAGCCCUAAUUCCUUCACCGACGAGCCCAUUCGCCGGAUUUUCUCGCUCUCUGUUCCACAAUCUCCCCAGUCCCCGGCCCCACCACCCCAUCCAACCCUACGACGUUCUCAGAGCUCGUUCAGUGGGAUGGACCCGGCAUUUUCAGCUAUGCGUAAUGCAGAGCGAGCAAAGAAAAAUGCACGCGAUGCUGCAGGCUCUCGGGAUACCGAUCGCAAGUGA